AUGCCGAAGCCCGGCAACGAUGGCUACCGUACCCCCACAAUUGAGGAUGCCGAGAGUUUUAUUGCAGUGCAAAGGAAUGGUAACUCGCUUUAUCCGUUCGCUGGGGCCUGGGCACGCCAGGCUCAUUCCUCGGCGCUGGAAGCAUUGCAUAGCACCCCGUGCCGCAAGCCUGAAGAUGAUGCUGUCGCGAAUGUAAAUGGUGUGCAUCCUCACAGCGAGACCGACUGUUCGGCCGUAAGUCUCAGCUGGAAACAACGGAUACGUCACUUUACCUGGGCAUUUUUCACAUUGACAAUGGCAACUGGCGGGAUUGCCAAUGUUCUGCAUGCCAUACCCUAUAGAUUCCGAGGUCUGCAGAUAAUCGGUGUCAUUUUCUUCCUAUUCAAUAUCCUAUUAUAUGUCAUAAUAUGGAGCCUGCUAGUUAUGCGGUUUUAUCAUUAUCCUUAUACAUUCAAAGCAUCAUUCUUGCAUCCAACAGAGUCCCUUUUUGUCCCAGCCUCGAUAGUUUCGUUCGGAACAAUUCUGAUAAAUAUUUCGCAAUACGGGCCAGACAAUACAGGACCUUGGCUUGCACAUGUUGUCGGGAUAUUAUUCUGGAUUGAUGCCUGUCUGGCUAUCAUAUUCUCGGCCGGCAUAUAUCUCCUGCUGUGGUCAACGCAGACUUUCACCAUCGCCCAAAUGACACCAAUUUGGAUAUUUCCUGCAUACCCUUUGCUGAUAAUCGGUCCCCAUGCUGGUAUCCUAAGCUCAAAGCUGGAACCUUCCCGCUCAUUGCCGAUUAUAAUUGGUGGCGUAACUAUUCAGGGAGUUGGUUUUCUAGUGUCCCUGAUGGUGUAUUCCGCCUUCAUAUAUAGACUUAUGUCGCAAAAACUCCCAAGGGAGAACGUUCGACCCGGCAUGUUUGUUUCUAUCGGCCCUAGUGCUUUCACAGUAGCUGGAGUCGUGAACAUGGCUGCCAAUGCUAAAAGGUGUUUUCCUGAUGAUUUCAUGGACAAUGGACCAUUGGCCGCAGAGGUUAUAAGAGUAGUUGUCAACUUUGCUGCCUUGUGGCUAUGGGGCUUGGCUAUUUUUUUCUUCUUCAUAGCGAGUUUUGCUCAUUGGUCAGCUAUAGGGCCUGGUCGGAUGGUCUUUAGUAUGGGAUGGUUCUCAUUUGUUUUUCCAAACACGGCGCUGAUCACAGCGACAUUCGCUAUUGGCCACGCAUUUUCCUGCAAGCCAAUUCUAAUUAUUGGAUGUGUUAUGGUCGUUCCCCUCAUACUAAUGUACAUAUUCGUUUGCUAUAUGAUGAUCCGUGCCAUCGCGUUACGCCAAAUUCUCUGGCCACAGAAAGGUGAGGAUAAAGACGAGGGUGGAUUUGAGAUCAAUGAGAUCAAGCCGGAAUCUCCAGGCAAUCAUAGUCCUGCUUGA